AUGCAUUUACCAAAUCCCCCUCCUCUUGUGUUGAUGAAACCUGAGCUCGUGUUCUCAACCGAGCUGGAAACAAUCAAGGCCGCAAAUUUUGGGGACAGCAGCAGCAGGACAUCGCACAAUCACGCGAGCGAUUUCCACGAGGAGGGAGACGUGUUGAAGUGGAUCUGCCUCCACACCAAGUUCGUCCAUGCAGAGAUCUGGAAUGUUGGACCUGCCGAUCAUCCCAGCGGCAAUGGCGUGACAGGGCCGAACGACUUGGCUGGGGAUGAUCGCGAGUCAGUCGCGGCUUCUAGCGUGCGAGAUCGUUCGCAUCAUUCGCUUGCUCGGGAGUCAUCAGAGCGCUCGGUUGAGAUGUCGAUCGACGAGGAGUUUGAACGAGCUCUGUCGGCUGAUGGACAUCCUCACUUGAGGAGUGAAGAUGGCAACGUGCACGACGGGGAGUCGCAUGCUCAGAACUCGCGAGGUCCGAUGAUGCAUCUGUUUCACCACAAGGCCAAGGGAGCCCACCACUGCUGCUUCUCUGGUGUCUCUUUCACAAAGCCCUCCUCGAGCCAUGCUUGGACCCGCCAUGCUCCUUGCGGCCUCAGCGAGAGUGAAACAGUGCUGGUCGAGCUUGAACGGGUGAGGAGGGAAGCUAGCUUCCGCUGCGGGCAGUCGCUUCCUGGAUCGAUUUGGCUUCAGGGCCAUCAAGACUGGAACAUCUUCAAUCAGAUGAUGGAGGACCCGGAGACCCCCAAGGAUCCUCUCACUGAGCUGUCUGGGAAGCUCUUCCUCGCUUACCUCGGCCUCCCCAUCUUCGAUGCGGCUAACACUAAGCGCAUCGUUGGGGUCCUCAUGCUCUACCUGCCCCACGAGCCCACCAGCGGCGAGCGCACUCACAACGAGGAGAUCGCGCACGUCGCUCGCUCUUACCUGGACGUCAAGCACAACCCAGACGUUAUCAAGUGCAUGAAACACAGCGCGGGGAUGAUCAGCCAUAUGCGGGCAUACUUCCAGCGCAGGGACCGAUUCAACUACUAUGCCUACAAGAUCGCAAGAGCCAAGACAGAUAAGCCAGUGGGGGGGAUAAGCGUCUUAGAGGAGGAGGAAACCUUCACGAACCUGUCGGCUGAGCCCUCGGCCCUAGAGGAGAAGCAGAAGAUUCGAAGCUUCUUCUCCGAAUACUGGCGGAAAUGGAAGGGGGCGGAAGGGAAGCCACCGCCUCGGAUGGACGUCAAGGGCAUGGCUGUGACGUUUGUUGGCGCCUUCAUCGGGCUCCUCGCAGUCUCCUACUCCGCCUGGGCCUGCGGUCCUGUCGGUAACGAGACUUACUACGCCAUCAUGCUGGGCUCGUACGGGGCACUCGCGACUCUUAUCUUCGCGGCCCCGAGCUCUCCCUUCGCGCAACCUCGCAUGGUGAUCGGCUCGCACAUCAUCGCAUGCAGCAUCGCUGUGAUCGUCAACUACCUCACGGACCCCAAGUACGUUGCCUUCUUCCCCCAGCCUGUCAGUGACGCCCUCGUACCUGCCCUGGUGAUCACCGCCAUGGCUGGCUCCGGCCUCACGCAUCCCCCGGCAGCCGCAUGUUCCAUCAUCUACAUCAGUGCUGGACCUCAAAUCCGAGAAUUGGGCUGGGCGUAUCUGAUCCCCUCCCUUCUUGGAUGCGUCAUCCUCGUUUUCACAGCCCUCAUCGUCAACAAUCUUGCUCCCUUCCGCUCCUACCCUCUCUUCUGGUAG